UGGCUCCCCGCCGUCACCACCAACAACUCCAGAGUCCAACUCCCGUCUCCGCCGCUCUCCCUACUCAUCGCCACGACCUCCUACCCUUUCUCGUCAGGGGGGAGCGAGGGCACGAUGCGGAUUCCUCUCAUGGCUGGACUCACCAAGAUUCUCCUCCCACUCCUCCUCCUCCUCUCCGUCGCCGCGGCCAGUUCGCCGUCGUCGGACGCGGAGGCUGUAUCCCGGUUCCAGGAGUACCUCCGCAUCGACACGGCGCAGCCGACGCCGGACUACGCCGCGGCGGUGGCCUUCCUCCGGGACCAGGCGGCGGCUGUUGGGCUUGAGGCGCGGACGCUGGAGUUUGCCGCCGGCAAGCCCUUGCUGCUGCUCCGGUGGCCCGGGCGGCGGCCGUCGCUUCCUUCUAUACUUCUCAACUCCCACACCGACGUCGUGCCGUCGGAGCCCAAGAAGUGGGAGCACGCGCCUCUCUCUGCCACUCUUGACGAGGCAUCCGGUCGCAUCUACGCGCGCGGCUCCCAGGACAUGAAGUGUGUGGGGAUGCAGUAUCUUGAAGCCAUUCGGCGUCUCCGUAAUGCGGGCUUUGUCCCAGAUCGGAACAUAUAUGUAAUAUUUGUUCCCGAUGAGGAGAUUGGUGGACAUGAGGGUGUUGAGCUAUUUGUUGCAUCGAAGGAAUUCAAGGAGCUGAAUGUGGGAUUGGUUCUUGAUGAGGGGCUUGCAUCCCCUAGGGAGGAGUACCGGGUGUUCUAUGCAGAACGUAGUCCUUGGUGGCUUACUAUUAAAGCAAAGGGAGCGCCAGGGCAUGGUGCAAAAUUGUAUGAUGGUAGUGCAAUGGAGAAUUUAAUGAAAAGUGUGGAGGCUCUUCGGAGGUUCAGGACAGCUCAGUUUGAUUUGGUUAAGUCCGAAGAGAAAGCUGAAGGGGACGUUGUAUCGGUGAAUUUUGCGUACUUGAAGGCUGGGACACCUACACCCACGGGUUUUGUGAUGAAUCUACAACCAUCUGAAGCAGAGGUAGGAAUUGACAUUCGAAUCCCUCCUAGUGUUCAUACUGAAGCACUAGAGAAGCGUCUUGCUGAAGAAUGGGCACCUUCUUCACGCAACUUGACUUUCGAGUUCAAACAGAAGGGCUCUGUCCUUGACAAGUUAGGGAAGCCAGCCAUGACAAUUGCCAACAGCUCGAACCCAUGGUGGCCUGUGUUUGAAGAAUCUGUGAAGAGAGCUGGUGGCAAACUUGGCAAGCCAGAGAUAUUUCCGGCUUCUACUGAUGCUCGUUAUUUCCGGGAAGUUGGGAUACCAGCUUUCGGCUUUUCGCCUAUGGCGAACACACCAAUACUGCUCCAUGAUCAUAACGAGUUCCUGAGCAAAGAUGAGUACCUCAAAGGAAUUGGGAUAUACGAGUCCAUUAUAAAGGCGCUGGCCACACACAAAGAUGACGGCAUCGACGAGGAGUCUAGGGCAGAGCUGUGAGGAAAGAUGAUCUUAUCUUGCCACGGCGGAUAUCUUGCCUCUUUGACGUGCAGUUCUAGCGCAGCAGAAGGUUUGGACAGAUACAUGGUUCUGUUUCUGCUCCGGCAGCCAAAGCAAAACCACAGAUACGGUCCUUGUACAUCUCUAAUAAUUUGACCUGAAAUAAUUCACGAUACUGCAUCUGUAGUUUCUCCACAUAUUGUGCGAGUAAUGACAUUUGUAUACUUAAAUAAGUGAUGGCAUUUCAUCCGUCGUUCAUCA